AUGGCCGAUGAAGAGAUACAAGAUGCCGAGAGCCCUCGCCCAGACUCUGUCUCCAGUGACGACGAUUCCGAGGAUGAACAGGUCGAAUUGCUGAUCACUGGUCGUGAGAAGCGCAAAACUGCUGGCAAUCGCUACAACCGCGACGCCGCACUUGAGGAAGCAGACGAGGGUCAAGAUGAGGACGAGGUUGCUCUGCUCUUUGCAGACCAAGAGGGUUUGGAGGAUGAAGAGUUCAAGAGCGACGACUCAGAUGAGGAUGUAAUGUCCAGUUCGGAUGAUGAUGAUCAAGGGCCCAACGCUGGUGCUGAAGAUCUUGAAGGAGAGAAAGAGAUCGUAAAACAAGCAAAAGACGAGCGAGCAAGGAAGAGAAAGGCGGACCUGGCUUUGACCACCACCACUGGUUUACGAAAACGUCCUAAGAUCGAUCCUACCGUGCCCAAGACCGCCCCAAAGAAGCCAUCGAAGAAGAAAGAGCGUGUAACUUGGCUACCUGACCCGGACAAUGCCAAUGCACGCAGUUCUCUGCGCAAGCAGACCAUCGCCCACCGCGAACACACUCUUGCCAGACUGAAGGAGAGCGAAGCACAAAGCAAAAAGUACAAGGCACUGAAAGAAAAGCGCGACAAAGAAAAGGCCAAAGAUGCACCAAAGGCCAUGACCCAAGCCGAUCGCCUGGCUGAAGCGGAACGGACAGAGCGACGUAAUGCGAAGAGCUUGAACAGGUGGGAAGCCAUGGAAAAGAAGAGGAAUGAAGAGCAGGCUGCAAAGCUGGCCGCACUGAAAAACAGAAAGCUCGAGGGUCCCGUCAUUAGCUGGCGCAGCGGCAAGGCCAAGUUCAGGGGUCCAAAGUAUCCAGUACCCUUGCCAAAGUUGGACAUCUUGAUCGAGGAAGGCCCUAAGAAGCGUGGUCGAAAGUCCAAAGCGUACCACGAGCAAAUGGCCAACAUGAGAGAGGCAGCCGUACAAAAUGUCACGUUGGGUCAGCCACCUCCUAGCCAGGCACCUGCACCGCAACUUCAGCAGCAACUACAGCUUCCGACAGGACCCCAAUACGUACAGCACUCGCCACAAACAUGGCUAGGGCCACCUCCGCCACCUUCGCAACCGACCCACUAUUCUACGACUCAGCGAACUCCCUCAGAUGCUUUCCCAGGCCAGCAACUGGCGCAAUUUCCGUCACAUCAACAGACGCCGCCACCACUACCAGCAUUAUUAACGGUGCCGGUAAUGUCACCACAACCUCCGCAGCCCACCUCCUCGCCUUACCCAUCAAUGCCACCGGAUGGUGAGCAUCAGGCGGGAACUGGAAAGUCUGUCGCCGAGAAGCAGCCCGAAACACCUGUCCCAACGAACCCAGAUAGGUCUUUUCUUGGUGGAAUUCACGAAUGCGCUACUAUGCAGUCUGAUGUCCCGGCUAAGAAUAGAGCAUCGGAGAUACCAUCGCCAAAGUUGGCCGAACCUCCAGCUAGUCGAGACGAAGAGACUCAGGCUUUCGAUGUGUCUGCAGCUGGGCCUGCCAAAUCUGAGCAACCCAAACCUAUUGACAUUCACAUGGCUGAUGCGAAGGACGCCUUGGAGCAACCAGCGCAAGUAGCACAACCGAGUCCCGCACAGAUCAAGGAAUUUCCCAACACGUCGCAUGAGAAGCUACAUCCGACGUUAGCUACGAUUCCAGCGCCUUCUUCCGCGGAGGUGACACCCGUCCUGGAGUCUGGAUCAUCCCAUCCCGUUGAAGGCGUCCCAGUGGCAACAGCACCGCCAUCUCCUGAAGUCGAAAUAGAAGAAGGAUUCAUGACUAGCAAUCUGGUGACGCUAGAAGACUUUGAUGAUCUGUCGCCUGAAGCGAAGCAAGAAUUCGGUGUCUUUUUUAACACGAGGAGGACGGCCAAACCCAGCCGGCACAGUACCACAAUCUGCCCGAUCACUCUCAUGCCAGCACGAUAUCGAGACCCUUCUACCGGUAUUGGGUAUGCCAACCUGUAUGCGUACAAGGUGCUGCAGGAGCUCAAAGAACAUAAGUUUACCUGGAGCAGCAUGCUGGGCUGUUACGUUGGGCGUGAUGGCGCCCCGGUUGCUCGUGGAUGCCCGGAAGGAUUUCUAACAAAAUGA